CUCGUUUCCACAUGAAGUAAAUUUGUAGGUUGAACUGAUGAGCCGUUCUUUACAGUGAGACUCUUCAAAACUGUAAAUAAAUAUCUUCUUAUAAAAGAGCUGAAGGACGCACUAAUAAAGGUUUCUCAGUGUUUUACUGAAACCUCUUACUAUUAACUUUCAGUCAUUUUAGAUCAAAAUAAGAUCCUCAGACCACCAACAUAACUUUAAUAGCCUUUAAUGGGGUCAUCAGUCAUGUUUUUAUUCCAGCUGACCAGCAGCACAACUAACUACACAACUGUUUGAUGUGUUGAGCAAAAGCUGCAUAUUGAGAUGCUGUAAUUGAGUUGGUGAAUAUCUGCCACCUGCUGGCCAAAACCUGCAAGUACAACAAACUAUCACCAUGCAUACAUGGGAGUGGCCUCAUGACGUCACUCAGGAGAAACGAAACUCAUGCAGAGCUGCUUCAUAAACAGAAUUCAGUUCUUCCAGCAGGACACAGUUUCCAGUUUGAAGGUUCUCCAGUCAGGAAACUCAGUUAAACUCUACAGAUCAACUCUGAAGAAGCAGAAAAGCAGACCAAAGGAGAGAAAGUGAAAGUGUCAUGUCUUCCUCCAGCAGUCUCCUGUCUGAAGAUCAGCUCCAGUGCUCUAUCUGUCUGGAUGUGUUCACUGAUCCAGUCUCGACUCCAUGUGGACACAACUUCUGCAUGGUCUGUCUCAAAGAGUGCUGGGACAGCAGUUCACGCUGCCAGUGUCCAGUUUGUAAGACAGAAUUCCCAACAAGACUUGAACUGUCUGUGAACACGUUCAUCUCUGGACUGGCUGCUCAGUUCAAGAAGUCAGUUCAGGUCAAAUCCAGCAGAGCUCCAGAGAAACCUGACAAAUCUCAGGUUCUCUGCGAUGCCUGCUGUGAAAAAAGUGCAGCUCUGAAGUCCUGCCUGAUCUGUAUGGCCUCUUACUGCAAGACUCAUCUGGAACCUCAUGAGAGAAUCGCUUCAUUCAGGAAACACAAACUGAUGGACGCUGUGGAGAACCUGGAGGACUACAUCUGCCAGAAUCAUGAGAGACCCCUGGAGCUGUUCUGUAGAGACGACCAGACGUGUGUGUGUCAGCUCUGCACUGAGACAGACCACAAGACUCACAGCACUGUUCCUAUAGAGGAGGAGAGUGGAGAGAGGAAGACUCAGCUGGGAAAGACACAGGCAGAAGUUCAGCAGAUGAUCCAGGACCGACUGAAGAAGACUAAGGAAAUGAAAGAGUCUGUAGAGCUCAGCAAGAAAAGCACAGAGAAGGUGAAAGCAGACAGUGUGGAGGUCUUCAGAGCUCUGCUGCGCUGCAUUGAGAGAAGCCAGGCGGAGCUGCUUGAGGUGAUGGAGGAGAAGCAGAAAGCAGCAGAGAGGCAGGCUGAAGAGUUCAUUAAAGAGCUGGAGCAGGAAAUCACUGAGCUAAAGAGGAGAGACACUGAGCUGGAGCAGCUCUCCCACACUGAGGACCACCUCCACCUCCUACAGGUUUACCCGUCCCUCUGCAGCCCUCCACACACCAAGAACUGGACUGACGUCAGGAUUAACACUCAUCUGAGGGUGGAGACUCUGAGGAGAGCUCUGUCUCAGCUUCAGGAAGAGCUCAGUAAGGAGAUGGAGAAGCUUGAUGAGAUCGACCUGAAGAGAACUGAACAAUAUGCAGUGGAUGUGACUCUGGAUCCUGAUUCAGCAAAUCCCUUCCUCAUCCUGUCUGAUGAUGGGAAACAGGUCACAUGUGGAGACACAGAACAGAAUCUCCCUAAAAACCCAGAGAGGUUUGAUUAUUGUGUCUGUGUUCUGGGAAAGGAGGGGUUCUCCUCAGGGAGAUUUUACUAUGAGGUUCAGGUCAAAGGAAAGACUGACUGGACAUUAGGAGUGACCACAGAGUCCAGUAACAGGAAGGGAGAGAUUACACUGAGUCCUGAGGAUGGAUACUGGACUAUAUGGCUGAGAAAUGAGACUGAAUAUACAGCAGCAGAAUCUCCCUAUGUCCGCCUCUCCUUGAAACAGGCUCCCCAGAAGGUGGGGGUGUUUGUGGAUUAUGAGGAGGGUCUGAUCUCCUUCUAUGAUGUUGAGGUCAGAUCUCAUAUCUACUCUUUCACUGGUCAGUCUUUCACUGAGAAACUCUAUCCAUAUUUCAACCCCUCUGACAAUGAUGGAGAUAAAAACUCAGCACCACUGAUCAUCACACCUGUUAAACAUCAUAAAUGAGGUGAUUUUCUCUAAUAAAACCUUUUUUAUGUCACAAAAUAAUUUCAAACUGCGUAACAACAUAGUUUUGAAAAUACUUUACACAGUGAACGAGUAAAUAAAUGAUCAAAGUAACAGAUUAUUACAUAAAUAGAUGGAACACACUUUCACUAAGCUUGGACAAGGGUGUUGUAAGUCAGUAAUACAUUGUUAUAAUAGUGCUUAUUACACAUUUUAAUUAAACACUGAUGACAUUAAAGUGCACAAUGUCAGUUUGACUGAUGAAUGACGCUGGAAUCAGUAGAUGUUAGAUGUUAAGGCUGUAGUAACUCAGUGUUUAGUGGGUCUGUAAGCAAGAAAUGUCUAAUUAAAAAGUUCAGUGGAAAAACUGUACAGCAGAGAAAACAAACCAAUGAUUCUCAUCCAAAUACAGCUUCACUUCUCACUCAAAGCCCAGAAACCAAACUGAUGAUCUCUUAUUUUGGACAUAAUAUUUAUUUUGGAGAAGAAAGAGUUCAUUGGAAAGGAUGAAUAUGCUGGAAACAGAUGAAGAUGAUGGAGGGGAGAGAACUGUGAGCGACGAGAUGGAUAGAGAUAAUUAUAACGCAUGAAGACCAAAACAGAAGAGACACUGGAGAAACACCAUCCAUACGAUCACCAGGAGUCAGAAUCAACAUGACUGCACUCAAUAAUAAUAAUAAUAAUAAUAAUAAUAAUAAUACUGUAUUUGUGUUUUUAAAGUUGUUCAGGCUGAAGUGUCACUGAUCUUUACAGAUCAUAGAUCAUCUCUUCAUCAACCACCUGAAAGAGAGAACAUCUGUACAGCUGUGUUGAAUUAUUUAUGUCUUAAGGAAUAAAACAGUUUGUGUUUAUGAGAGAAUGAAAGUUUGUACAGCAGGUUUAACUGAACUCAGCUCUGUGUUUAAAUGAUUAAACACUGAUAGACUUUUCUUGUGUGAGUCUGUAAAGAAGUGAACAGCUGAAUAGAGGAGCUGCUGCUUUUAGCUCAGUAAUAUUUUAAUAGAUUUAGUUUAAUGUUGUUUGUCUCUAAAUGGGAGCUAAAAGAAAAGCUCACAGUGUUUGUACAGAGCUACGUACCUUUAUUCAUACACAUCAGAGCCUCACAGGACUGAAUAGAGCUGUUAGAGCUGAGCAGAUGGUGAAUGAAGCAGUCUGGAAUAAUCCUGUUCAGCAUGUAGAGCUGAGUAGAGCUGUAAAGACACAUUAACACAAUCUGACUGAGUGAGAACUGUAGACAAGCACAUUAUAGUGUUAUGAAGAGCUAGAAAACUUUUCUUUUAUAUAUUUAGCUUCACUCAGAACAGAAUCAGGGGGCAGAACCAAAACCUGUAUUUGGAAUUUUCUUUUUCUCAAAAAAUAUUGAAGAAAAGAUGAAGAUAAACUGAACAUGCAGCUUCAAAACUGCAGCAUCUUCUUCAAAGUGUUUAUUUCAGUGAAAACAGUUAAAUUGCUCGUUUCCACAUGAAGUAAGUUUGUAGGUUGAACUGAUGAGCCGUUCGUUUACAGUGAGACUCUUCAAAACUGUAAAUAAAAUAUCUUCUUAUAAAAGAGCUGAAGGACGCACUAAUAAAGGUUUCUCAGUAUUUUACUGAAACCUCUUACUAUUAACUUUCAGUCCAUUUUAGAUCAAAAUAAGAUCCUCAGACCACCAACAUAACUUUAAUAGCCUUUAAUGGGGUCAUCAGUCAUGUUUUAUUCCAGCUGACCAGCAGCACAACUAACUACACAACUGUUUGAUGUGUUGAGCAAAAGCUGCAUAUUGAGAUGCUGUAAUUGAGUUGGUGAAUAUCUGCCACCUGCUGGCCAAAACCUGCAAGUACAAUACAC